CAGCCCUGCGCCCGGGCCCCGGGGUGGGAGAGAUGCUGCAAGAAACUUCUUAAAUGACCGCGUCCGGCUGGCCGUGGAGCGUUUCUGGGUUGGGGAGAGGAAAGGAAAGUGGAAAAAAAACUGAGAACUUCCUGAUCUCUCUCGCUGUGAGACAUGUCUGAGACUCCUGCUCAGUGUAGCAUUAAGCAGGAACGAAUUUCAUACACACCCCCCGAGAGCCCGGUGCCCAGUUACGCUUCCUCGACGCCGCUUCAUGUGCCAGUGCCCAGAGCGCUCAGGAUGGAGGAAGACUCGAUCCGCCUGCCCGCGCACCUGCGCUUGCAGCCAAUGUUCUGGAGCAGAGAUGACGUAGCCCAGUGGCUCAAGUGGGCUGAAAACGAGUUUUCUCUAAGGCCGAUUGACAGCAACACGUUUGAGAUGAACGGCAAGGCUCUCCUACUCCUGACCAAAGAGGACUUUCGCUACCGGUCUCCUCAUUCAGGUGAUGUGCUCUAUGAACUCCUUCAGCAUAUUCUGAAGCAGAGGAAACCCCGGAUUCUUUUCUCACCGUUCUUCCACCCCGGGAACUCGAUACACACGCAGCAGGAAGUCAUUCUUCACCAGAACCAUGAAGAAGAUAAUGGUGUCCAGAGGACCUCAAGGCCAUCGGCCGAGAACGUACACCAGAACCCUCCCACCAUUGAACUGUUGCACCGUUCCAGGUCACCCAUCACAACAAACCACCGGCCUUCUCCCGACCCCGAGCAGCGGCCCCUCCGGUCCCCCCUGGACAACAUGAUCCGCCGCCUCUCCCCAGCUGAGAGGGCCCAGGGACCGAGGCUCCACCAGGAGAACAACCACCAGGAGCCCUACCCGCUGUCAGUGUCUCCCAUGGAGAACAACCACUGCCCGCCGUCAUCCGAGCCCCACCCGAGGCCCGCCAGCCCCCGGCAGGAGGGCACGCGGGUCAUCCAGCUGAUGCCCAGCCCGAUCAUGCACCCGCUGAUCCUGAACCCCCGACACUCCGUGGAUUUCAAGCAGCCGCGGCUCUCUGAGGAUGGGCUGCACCGGGAGGGGAAGCCCAUCAACCUCUCGCAUCGGGAGGACCUGGCAUACAUGAACCAUAUCAUGGUUUCCGUCUCGCCGCCUGAGGAGCACGCCGUGCCCAUCGGGAGGAUAGCAGACUGUAGACUGCUUUGGGAUUACGUCUAUCAGUUGCUUUCUGACAGCCGGUACGAAAACUUCAUCCGAUGGGAGGACAAAGAAUCCAAAAUAUUCCGGAUAGUGGAUCCCAAUGGACUGGCUCGACUGUGGGGAAACCAUAAGAACAGAACAAACAUGACCUAUGAGAAAAUGUCCAGAGCCCUGCGCCACUACUACAAACUAAACAUUAUCAGGAAGGAGCCGGGACAAAGGCUUUUGUUCAGGUUUAUGAAGACCCCAGAUGAAAUCAUGAGUGGCCGAACAGACCGUCUGGAGCACCUCGAGUCCCAGGAGCUGGAUGAACAAAUAUACCAAGAAGACGAGUGUUGAGGAAGUGGUUCCCGGCUUAGUGGGCCAGCAGCCAAGGGCACCCCACCCUCCCCAGGAUGGAUGGGGCAAUGGAGCAGAAAGGAAGAGACACGGAUGUGGCAGUAACACUCCUCUCGCCCAGCGCGAGGGACACUUCGGAGCACCUUAGACAAACCACUCAGCAAAGGCGGCGCUGGAGUUCUGGCCGAGGGCACCAGCCUGGGACUCGCGUUCAUGGUUCCUUCUCGAUCAGAAUCUCUUGUCUGUGAUCCCUCCCCCUCCCCCUCCACCUAUUGUUAGUUUCAUGGUGUUUUUGUUCUUUUUUUUAAAAAAGACCAUGCAGUUUGACUUUUCAUCAUUCAUAUAGGGGAAGACAUCUGAGGCUGUUUUCCUAUGGAAAUACAUAUCUAUUAUAUAUAUAUAUAUAUCUAUUUUUUGCAAAUCUCACAAAGUGCAGAAGCCCAGCUGGUCAGGAGAGAGAAUAUUUGCAAAAGGGUUCAGGUUCCCUCUUGACCCUGCCACGUGGAUCAGGUUUGUUCCUGUUGCUGUUGGGUCUUGGCUGGAAAAAGGAAAAAAAAAAAAAAGAUGCUCUUACAAAAGAUGAAGUGAAAAGGAGAGCUCUCUCCUCUCUCUGGCUCCCUUUCCUUCCUGGCCCCCGCUCCUCCCUCCUCACUGGCUGUUGAACUUCAGAUGCCCUUUCAGCAGAGUUCAGCCUCUUGGAGAGUCUUGGGAAUUUUCCACACCUGUACAUUGGAAUACGUGGUCUGGGUGCUUUGCAGCUGGCACCACAAAAAUCAAACCCACAUCCCAGCAUCUGGCUCCCUGCCAGAGGGAGGCCAAAGGCCCCAGAGAUGCUGCUGUCCUCCGGAAAGACACAUGUGAGUCCAACAGGCCACCCCGAUCGGCUGUGAGGACCGUGAGGCUUGGUGGUUCCCCAGAGCAUAAGGCUGUCCAGAUAAUCUGGAAGCCCCAGCAUCAUGGGGUUAGUUUGAAGUGCUACAGAGCAAAAAAAAAAAAAA